CGUUGUUUUUGGCCGGUUUAUUUCGCUCUCCACAAUUUUCUUGCUUCUGGUACAUAAACAAUAGUCUUUUCAGAAGCGGUACACAACAAAGGUUUUUGACAAUUCUCCGGAGCUCAUACUAAUGGACCAGGAUGAAAUUUGCAAAAUAUGCAAUAACGCUCCCUCGAAGUACUGCUGUCCUCGAUGUAAUAUUUUGUACUGCUCGUUGGUUUGCUAUAAAUCGACACUCCACCAACAAUGUUCCGAAGGUUUCUACAAGGAGAAUGUUAUGCAGCAAAUGGCUCUCGCCCAGGAUGACCAGGAAGCUGCACAAUCCUCCCAGAGCAUGAUGGGAAUCUUGAAACGAUUGGAGCAACCCGAAGAGGCAUACGCUGGUAUCGUAGACGAAGGAGAAAGUGUGGAUGAACUGGAUUCCGACGAUUGUGAUGAUGUUCCCGAACUCGCUGAACGAUUGGAAGGUGUUGACUUUGAUGAUCCUAAUGCAAUUUGGGAGAGGCUAACAGAGGAAGAACGAAUGGAAUUUCAAGGAAUGCUAGAAAGUGGUGACAUAAGUACAGUCCUUCCAGAAGUUGAACCCUGGUGGUUACGAGUGUACAAGGUAGACCUGAUACAAUCAGCAACCAGUUCGGCACUGACAGACGGAGAAGAAGAUCUGAUGCAGCAAUGUCCUAGUCUUAGAGUUCUAAUUAAGGAUUUUUCAGUUAUAUCCAGUAAAGAGCCGUCUCCCUUGACAAAAUUCAAUCUUUGUAAUAUUCUGGCGGCUUACGCCUAUGUUUAUCGAUAUUUCAACGGAGAUUUCGGUGGAUGCUCUCAGGAAGUUUCAAAUUUGCUUAUAUCAAUCAGUGGAAAUUUGAAAGAGAACCAAGUUUUUGAGGCAGAAUCGAUGGCUGUCGAAUCAGUUUGUCACUAUUGCAUAAUAGAACAGCUACCAGUCGAUAACGACACGUGUUUGAGACUGAGAAAUGACAUGAAAAUGUUUUUCGGUGGUCCAUCGAAUUGUGGACAAAAAUAUAGGCUUCAUUUUCUGCUGGCAGCCUUGUCAGACAUACACAGACUGUUUAGUACGGCAAAAAGUUAUAUUGCCCAGAAGGCGACACCAGGAAAAAGUGAAAAGAAUAAAGGGGCUUUUAGUACUAAGUACAACGAUGAAAACGUAGGGUCACUCAACAGUCUUGAAUUGAGCACAAUAAGAAAGUGCUUGAAAAAAAUUGACUACAUGCUGUCGUUCACCAAGGAUUAUUUGUAAAACAAACCUUGCGGGUCGAAAUUAAACGAAUCAACUAACAUUAUACUCAACAUUCAUUGAAGUAUGUGAUAAAUCACUUGAUUUAGUGUCAUUGUUCCUGAAUGAGGAGACUUCACUUUUCAGACUUUCGUCUAACUGCGUCUAGAGGAAGGAGGGAUCAAACUUUAACAAGGAAAUACAUCCGACAAGCAGACAGCGUGUUUUAUAAAAUU